AUGAUGUCUAUAGACUCAAUACGACGACAUGCGCAUCGUGUCGCAUCCUCCCAAGGCGGCGAAGGCACCUUGAACUACAACCCAUUCGCGCGACAACGCUCGAGAGAUCAGCCAGUAGGCGAUGCUGAGAACCAGUAUCCCGUUCGAUGGACCGUCUCAGGUGCAGCUGCUCCCACGAUUGAAGAGCAACAGAGGCUAGAGAGCCGGGAGGCACAGAAGGAAUUUGGUGACCAACAUCACCACAACACCGAGCCAACACCGACUUCAACAACUUCGCCCAACGGUUUCGCCGGGUCUUCAGCAGACAGAGAACUACCCCCGAUCGACGGAGAGAAGCAGUCCAAUGAAAGCACCAUUAUUGGCUCACCUCGUCAAAACAGCAAUGCAGUCACCAAAAGAGGCAAAUUCAAGGGCAUCUUCCGCAAACACGAAAAAGAAAAUGAUAUGGGCGAGAGUGAGCUCACGCGUGUGGACUCCGACCAACUGUCAAUGGAAGAGCGUAAGAAGAGAGCACUCAAGAGGAAGAUUCCCGUCAUGGACCAGGUCAAAUUCGUGCUGUUUGGUGCAUGGAUCAACGUGCUCCUCAUCAUGGUGCCUGUCGGCUUUGCAGUAAAUUACGCCCACAUCGGUCCUGUCCCAGUUUUCGUCGUCAACUUCGUCGCCAUUAUUCCUCUGGCAGCUAUGCUAAGUUCUGCAACGGAGGAGCUGGCUAUCCGUGUUGGCGAGACACUCGGAGGAUUGCUCAACGCCACCUUUGGUAACGCUGUCGAGCUUAUCGUUUCCGUACAGGCUUUGAUUAAGAACGAGAUCACAAUUGUCAAGACUUCGCUUAUCGGCAGUAUGUUGUCCAACUUGCUGCUUGUCUUGGGCAUGUCGUUCUUCCUCGGAGGUGUCAAUCGCCUGGAGCAAUUCUUCAACGUCACUGUUGCGCAGACUGCCGCGUCUUUGCUCGCACUCUGUAUUGCGUCUCUCAUCAUUCCAACGGUCUUCCACAACAUGAUUGCGGAGGACAGUGUGCAAGAUGGCGAUGCUAAGAAGAACCAAGAGCUGUCGCGCGGCACUGCUGUCAUUCUUCUAUUCGUUUAUGGCUGUUACCUCACCUUCCAGCUCAAGACCCACGCCACCAUGUACAACGCCCCGAGUCAAAAGGUUGAGAAGCGCAAGUCUUCGAAGAGGCAAGAGGGCGAUGCGGCGCGCGGUAUCGCUGCCAUCGGAGCUGGCACUGCCGCUGCAUCUGGAGGCGGUGUCAACGCUAAGACUAUCUUCAAGAACCCUGACGAGAACCACGCGGACAAUGCGGAGGAAGAGGACGAGUUCGAGACACCUUCCCUUUCUGUCGUCGGUGCGCUUGUUACCCUCGCUAUUUCUACCACACUUGUGGCAUUCUGCUCCGAGUUCAUGGUCGACAGCAUUAACGGUCUCACCGAGACUGGUGCCAUCUCCACCACGUUCGUCGGACUGAUCCUCUUGCCAAUUGUUGGUAACGCAGCCGAGCACGCCACUGCUGUCACUGUCGCCAUCAAGGACAAGAUGGAUCUGUCUAUCGGUGUAGCUGUCGGCUCUAGUAUGCAAAUCGCUCUGCUCGUCUUCCCACUCAUCGUCAUUCUCGGCUGGAUCUUGGGCAAGGACUGCAUGACCCUCUACUUCGACACUUUCCAGAUUGCCACGCUAUUCGUGUCGGUCUUGCUUGUCAACUACCUUAUCCAGGACGGCAAAUCUCAUUGGCUCGAAGGCGUAUUACUUAUGGCGUCGUAUAUCAUCAUAGCUCUCGCAGCUUGGUUCUACCCCAAUAUUGAGGAGAAUCAGUGCUAG